AUGCCUACUUGCAACCAUGAUAUUCUCACAUUCGAGCCCUCUCCGCAUGCAAACGAAGCUGGUUUCGAGAGACAGAACGAGCUUAGCAGAACGCAUGCUGCUCACGGCAAGUCCAACAACGCUUCACCAACAUCAGUAAAGGCAUCGCACUUUCCGGCAUCAUUGGUAUUACCUGGUGACGAGCUCUCUUUCGAUCCAAAAUACAAGCCGCAGAGUUUGGACUCCUGGCGUCGUUUGAAGGGAAGAGUCGCGGCGAAAACCAACAGGCGUACUAUUUACCUUGUUCCUCAUCCAGAAUAUGCAGCCGAGGUCGAACACGCUCGAGAAUGGGCUGUGCCGCAGCUGCAGAAUGCUAAAAAGGGUGUUGCUCAGGCCAGACCCAAGCCGGGAGGGCUAUCUUCACCGCGAGCUACAGAUUUGCUGGAGUAUCUUCAAGCUUUCUAUCACCCCCUUGAAGUCAAGAUGUAUGACGGACCACAGCUGGAGUUCGUGUCUUGGGAGAAAGCUUCUGGUAAAAAGCAGAAGAACAAUGAGCGCGAACGAAUUGGUCUCAAUAUCGGGAAAGAAGUCAUCGGUAUUCGCCAUCGUCCUUCGAAAGAUGAUUUGUUCACCGGACAGCUGAACCUCAACGAUCUUCUGGACGCUGCGAUUGCUAUGCUGCCAGCUGAUGCGCAUGCAAUCUUGAUGGCUGUUGACCAUGACCUGUACGAGGAUGAACCGGAUGAUUUCUGCUGCGGUAGGGCUUAUGGCGGAAGCCGUGUAGCCGUUGUCACCAGCUCGCGAUACAAUCCUGUGCUGGACAAAGUCCAGGAGAUUGAGACUGAGCACGUCUGGCCGGCGAGUCACUGCCAAGCAUUUGUGAACGCUUGCUGUAGUGGUGAGCCCCUCGAGCUGCCUGCAAGGAAGUCGAGAGCUCGGAGGCAAUUUCCAGCCGACUCAGCGAUGGACGCUGCCGUUGCCGCUUAUGUGGCGAAUUUGAAACCUGCAAAAACGUCAGCCGCAUACAUGUACGGCCUGUGGUUCUCUCGCGUGUGCAAGACUGCAGCGCAUGAGCUUGGGCAUUGUGUUGGAAUGGAUCAUUGUGUCUACUAUGCUUGUCUGAUGCAAGGCACGGCGGGGCUGAGCGAGGAUGGAGCGCAGCCUCCGUACUUGUGUCCGGUAGAUCUGGCAAAGCUUUUAGAAGCUACUGGAGGUGUUGCGAAGCGGGGGGAGAGGUAUGAAGCUCUAUUGAGGUUCUGCGAUACAUGGAGCACGGUACCUGGCGGUGAGAUGUGGGCAGCGUUUGGAGCGUGGAUUAGAGUGCGACUUCAAACUGAAGAACGGCAGUCCAUGCAACAGGGCUCGAACAUUGAGAAUGCUAUCGAGCUGAGUCCGUAG